CAAUAGUAUGUCCAGUAGUGAUAAGGAAAGUGAGUCAUGGUCACUUGGUUCGGUAGAAGCAACAGGUUCUGUUCAAGGCAAGAUUAAAAGAUUUUCAAGCUUCUCUAAAACUGGAGAUGAGGAAGACAACUACGUGGCACCUUGGCAUGAACGGGUAGGGGAGGGCAAAAAGGAGAGUCUGUCACUUGAUGUUUGGCCAUCUCAAACAUUAAAUGAGGCAUUAGAGAAUUGCAUUCCCAAGGGGAGAAAUUCAAAUAUUAACCGAAAAAUAAUGAAGGAAAUGUCAGAUGGAUAUGGGAGAAUGGAGAUGACGGCUGCAUCUUUUGAAAAAAGUAAUGAUGCAGGUGGGAUUAACGAAGAAGAAGAAACUGGAAAAAACUAUAGUAUGAAUAAAAAAACUAUUGUUGAAAAAAUGGGCACCAAUUUAAGGAUGGACCAAACCAGUAAUAGAACGGUGGAUCAAGGUGAAAUUGGGCUAGGUGCAGAUGGGCUAGGAAAGAAACACAAAAGGGAGAUUAGGAAACUGGUGGGUAAGGAGCAAGUCGAGUUUCUAAUGCUGCAAGAAACAAAGAUGGGUAAUGUAGAUAAAGGCAUAUGUAGAGAAAUGUGGGGUACUAAAAAUUUUGAAUGGGUAGCUAAGAAUGCUGAAGGUAGUGCAAGAGGCCUUUUGUGUUUAUGGAACUGUGAGAUCUUUGUACUUGAUAAGUCAUUCCAGGGGCCAGGUUUGCUGGGUGUCUAUGGGUUUUGGGGUAUUGAGAGGGUCCCUUGUUGCAUUAUAAAUGUUUAUGCCCUUUGUGACAGUAAUGGUAAGAGAGAUUUGUGGUGCAAUCGGAGCAAUAUUGCCAAUAACAAUGUGAUAGCUAUGUGUGUCGGAGGUGACUUUAAUGUCACUAUUUCACAAGAGGAAAAAAAAGGGUGUCGAGGCAAUCAAAAGGAGAUGGAGGGUUUUGAAGAGUUUAUAGCAGAAACAGGUUUGAUUGAUUUGCCAAUGAUUGGGAGAAGUUUCACUUGGUAUCAACCAAAUGAGAAAGCUAUGAGUUGCUUAGAUAGAUUCCUAAUGAAUGAGGAAUGGCUUACAACAUGGCAGUGUUUGAAGCAUUGGGGAUUAAAAAGGAGCAUUUCAGACCAUUGCCCGAUGCUGUUGAAAAAUGAGAUGAAGAACUGGGGACCAAAGCCAUUUCGCUUUUUCAAUGCUUGGCUAAGGCAUCCAUAGUUCAAAGAAAAGGUAGCAAAGGAGUGGAGAACAAUGGAGGUGCAAGGAAUGGGUAGUUUUAUCCUCUAAGAGAAACUUAAAGCAACUAAAGCAUUCCUUAAAAA